AUUGAUUCAUUUACAGUAUUUGAUUUCCUAGGGUUUCUAUUGGAUGAGCCUUUGCUGCUGGAGGUGCGGCACUUUCCUUUUGUUUGUUCUCCGCUUCUUUCUUCGUCUUUUGUUGCGACCUUUCAAGACAUUGCACCUGAUGCAUUUGAAUGCGCUCGAGAAGUAGCAGGCAUCAGCGAUCAGGACUACCGAACGAGUUUGUGCUCCACAGACUUCCCCUUCAUAGAGUUUCAGUCUAACAGCAAGAGCGGCCAGUUCUUCUUCUUCUCUCAUGACGGCAAGUUUUUAAUUAAAACGAUUUCGAAGGCUGAAGUUAUUCAGAUACUGCGGUAA